AUGAAGUUAAACAAGUGGAUAGCUAGCCUUGGUGGCGACUCCACAGUGGUUGUUGCGGUUACGGGCGAUGCGGAUGUAUCCCUUCUCUCCCCAUCCGGUUCCCCACGAGUUCUUGACGAGCCAGUAGUCUCCGUGCUCUGGGUCGGUACCGUAUCCGACGAGAAGGACUCCGUGGUCGAGCUCCUCGGACGAGCAUUCCUCGUCAUAUUGCUCCUCAUCUCCUUCUGGAAGAUCAGUGUAUCCCUUGUCAUCAGCUCCAACGUCCUUCUUGUUGAAGUGGCACUUCAUGUCACGUCCCUUGUAUGGGUACGAGUCCUCGGUAUCAACACCGUGGUUGUCACGAAUGUACUCAAAGGCCUGGUCCAUAAGUCCUCCGUUGCAUCCGUGGUUUCCGUACUUGGUGGAGCAGUCGACGAGAUUCUGUUCGGAGAGCGAGACGAGCUUUCCAAGCUUGCGAGCGUGUUGUCCUUCGAGUGCUCCGGUGGCGGAGAACGCCCAGCACGAUCCACACAUUCCUUGGUUCUUGACAUCGGUGACGAGAUGGGUGUCACGCCAGUCGACCUCAUCUGGGACCUGGAAUCAAAAUCAGUGGUUAGGGUCAUGUGA